UAACAAGAAUACGGACUUCACUAAUAAUGCAGAUUAGGUGUAAAAUUUUGAGUUAGUGGAGCAUGAUUUGUUUGUGACGUUUAAGAAAAAUAAAGUAUUUAAAAAAUAGAUAUGUGAUCACAUUUUGCGUGUGCAUGUUUGUACCCAACACCUACGAAAGAUGAAAUAGCUGUAGUAAGUCCUCCUGCUUAUAAUGUCAUGAAAGCUGUCAUAUGAUGGAGAGGGUGCACAAACUACAUGAAGUGCGCCCAUCUCUCAGCCAGAUCACACACACAGAGUUCCAUCAUGGCCACAGCCGUCGAUAUCUACGAUGUUUUGUAGCAUGUUUCGUGUUCUUAUUCUUUCUGUUAAUGCUGUAUGUCCCAGCAUAUCAUCAGACUCGUACACGCGAAGACCAAAUACACAUUGUAAACAUUCCGGGCUGGUCUCUAAAUACAAGCAGAGAUUUGAAGCUGUAUGUGCUGCCAGAGAAUUUGACAGCAAUUAUUCCUCAGCCAGAUAUAUGUAGUGAAAAGCUAUUCCUCCUCAUUGUUGUGUGCUCAGCUGUUGGUAACUUUGAAGCUCGAUCAGCAAUCAGGCAGACAUGGGCAUCUGCACCUGUUGUUACUGAAAAAGCUAGUGCUAUAAGAGUAGCAUUCCUACUGGGUGAAUCGGAAAACAAUACUCUGCAGGAACAAGUUGAGGAAGAGAGCAUUAAACACAGUGAUAUAAUCCAAGAAGGCUUUUUGGACACAUACAACAACUUGACUUUAAAAAGUGUCAUGUUACUGAAAUGGACUGUUACAAACUGCCCGUCUGUUCGUUACAUUAUGAAAACAGAUGAUGAUAUGUUCGUCAAUAUUGAAAGCCUUGUACGCUUGCUUCGUUCUAAAGGUUCAACUGGUUUGUUGAUUGGUGCUCUUAUUUGUGGUGCACAUCCAAUAUCGGAUUCGCAUAGUAAGUGGUAUGCUCCGAGAUAUAUGUAUCCUGGAAGAGUUUACCCAAAUUACCUGUCAGGCACAGGAUACGUAAUGUCAAAUGAUGUUAUGAAACGACUGUACAAAGCCGCUCUGCAGACGCCACUCUUCCAUUUGGAGGAUGUAUAUGUGACAGGACUGUGUUCCAAAGCAGCAGGCAUACGUCCACGUGAUCAUCCAGCUUUCACAUAUGCACGUCGUCGAAUUGAUCCUUGCUUGUUGCGUGAUCGUUCAGUUAUCACCAGCCAUCGCAUGGAUAGUGCUCAGCUUCGGAAGAUUUGGCCUCGCAUCCGGGAUCCAAAUCUUGAUUGCUCAAGUUUCACUGCAUCGCAGAAACCAAGUUCCAGACCCAACAAGAAAACAGCAAAAGUGAGGCGUCCAGUAAAUAAAUGUGUUUAAUUAUCUGUAUAUGUGAACAUGAUUAGUCAGGAAAUGUCUUGGUUGUGAUACUGCUGAAUUGGUGUGAACAUGUGUGUUUAUUUUGUGUGUGUGCUAUCUUUCUUGUCAUGCUACCAUUAGGAUUAUUUGCGAAAUUUCUCUUCACGUUUCAGUGAUUUAUUUGAUUUUAAACAAAACAGAAAAUUGUUGGCUGUAUAUGUUACAGAACACUAAGUUUUUUUAAGUAUGAGAUUACAUAUUUUUUAUGCGAAAACCUAAGGUACUCAGUCAUAAGCUCUCCAGUACUGUAGGAAGCUGAUUGAGGGAUUUUGUCAGAUUUGUAAUUCAGUUUGCACAAAUAUUUUGGUCCCAGCAAAUGAUAGGGACAAAUAGUAUUAGUCCACUGUUUCUGUUGCAUUUUGGACACCAUUGCCUGAACUAGUCGUACAAAGUAUGAAAUAAUGGAUGCAUUGACGAUGUGUAACCAAGCAAACAUUUUAUAGUAUUUAUGCAUUCAUAUUUUUUUACAGGAAGACAUUGAGCAUUGCAGUGAAAUGAAGUGAGACUGGUUGGAAUUAAAAUUUUGUGAAAGAAAGAAAUGAUCAAUUGAUGCUUCAGUCUGCCAUACACUCUGAGAGUAAUUUACCAAAUUAAAUUUCAUAUCAGAUUUACUAUUUAGCUAACAGUACCAUAUUAUUGUUGUGGUUGUUUUCUUAAAUCUUUUAUAUUUGACCUAAGCUCAAGCAACUGGCAAUCACAACAUAAAAAGUUAUUCUCUAACAUUUGAUUUUGCAAUUAUUUAUUUAUUUAUUUAUUUAUUGCUAUUUUAGGCUUCUGUUGUUUUUUUUCCCCUGCAUAUCAGUGAUUUAAAAAAAACGUCAGAUAUUAAAAGUAAGGUGACAAAAAAUGAGAGUUUCAGAAGUCUUGAGAAAGAUAACAUGAAAAUUUUUGGAAUGUGGUACUGUAGAGCACCACUUUUAUUUUUAGAAAAAGGGUGUAUGGCAAAUUUGUGGGACUAUUGCUUUUUUCUUUCAUUGUACUCUGACAAUAUUGUUUGCUAAUUGUGUUCCAUAAAAAUAGAGUUGUGAAUAUACAAAUGCAACAGUAUUACUAUUCCGUUGUUCCUAAGUAUCAUAGUCAAUAAUUUUUAAAUUAACUGUGGCAGUUUGAACACAACUACGAGUGUUCCUUGUAUACAUUUUAAUGCAAGUAAUUUAAAAAAAUCUCCUUCGUGUUGCAACUGCGAAGUUGAAUGAUUCUCUUUGUUGUUUUUCUGGUUUCUUUUUCAUGUACUGAUAUUUGCAAUUUCAUCUCUUACCUUUGUGAAUAUAUCUCUGUGAAUCAGCUGCCUUGCAGA